AUGGAUCCGUCACAGCUCGUUUUCGUCGAUGAUGGUGAUUUGAACGAUCUGCUGUUCCAGCUCCCGGAUGCAUGGCAGCACGAACAGGGAGAGCAUUACUACAGCUCGACGUACUCUAACGGCUUCACGAACGCGCAAGCGGAAUUCAGGUUCAACGGCACCAAUGUCUCAGUCUACGGCGCGCAGUUGCCUCGACCAUCAGACAACGCUAGUGCAGUCCCGCCCUCUGUCUCAUUUGCAAUCGACGGGGUUAUCCCGAUGGUGGUCGUGAGCGAUCCAGACGCGAACACGACCGAGUUCGCCUAUCAGUUUUUCGACUCUCACACGCUUCCUGCUGGGGAACACGUCCUCACGAUCACCGUCGAGUACGGUGAAGACGACUGGCCGUUCACCCUCGACUACGUCGAGUACACGCCUCUCCCCGCCCUGACGGAUUCGACUUCUUCCGAGUCUAUGACCGCUAGAGACGGUGAGCCAUUCCACACUGUGCCGAUGGUUGGAGGAGUCGUUGGAGCCGCGGCUGUACUCGGGGGUCUUGCUUUCGCGAGCUGGUGGUACUGGAGGAGGAAGAGGGCUCCUGCUCGGCUAGCUAAGAAGUAUGGGCACUACGUCUACGAGGAUGCGAAGAAGAAGCCUGACUUGGCAACCCAUUUCGGAGAGUAUAAGCCACCUCCAGAGCCGACCAUGAUGGAUACCGUCGCGUCAUAUCCCGUUCAGGAGACGCACCUUUAUGCCUACCACCCUACCCCAAUCAACGAGACAGUCUUGUAUCCGCUGACAAGGCGAGGGUCACUGGAUACGUUCGAGUCGCUCAGCGAGAUCGAUUUCGCGCACUCCCAGAUGCGCUCCCAAUUCUCUGCUUUCUCGCGCACGCAUACUCCGCAGUCAAGCGUAUACUUGCUUCGUCCCCAACCAUCUACUUCCUCAAUCUCUGUAUCACGUCCAGGGACGCCUUCCGGUGCCUAUGGGGGUGGGCUUCACCGCCCCAUUCCUACCCCACCCCCGGCGCUGCGUCGUCCUUCAUCGCCUCCCAUCUCCUAUCGCUCCGCGACGUCACACGCCUCUCUCGUUUCGUACUCGACGACGAACUCUCGUGCUCCGCUUAUGCUUGCCCCGGGAAGCACAUAUACCUCAUCCGGCGCGACGCCCUCCGCGAAACGUGCGGAGGCCGAGAAGGCGUCCGGAUCCCGCCCCAAGAAACCCGCGACGUUCCAUGCGGACUCGGGAGUGCGGUUCAAGAAGGGCGAUGCUCUCCCGGCCGUUGUCGCGCCCAGCACAAGCGCGAAACCACCGCCCUCUGCGUUCCUGCGUACAGACACGGGGAAGCGGGACGAUGUGGAGGAGAGAAGGAAGAAUAAGGCGAAGUAUGUGUCGCUUGCUGGGACUGCGAUCUCGGAGGUGCCGCCUAUGUAUACUGAGGAGUGA